GGGCGGGAGAUCAUCGGCGUUGUGGUCAAGCCAAUUCAGAAAGAUCAGGACACAGCAGAUUUCGACACGUGGACCCGUUCUUAUAAUCGGAUGCAAACCUAUUUAUAUUCCACUCUUUAUUCUGUGUUUCUGGUCCGCCUCUUACCCUCCCCCACCCCCUCCCCCUCUCUCUGUCUCUCUACCCCCGCCGUUUUCCUCAGCUCUCACUGCACACCCUCCCAAACCCUAGACGCCUUCUCCGCAACGUCCCAAUUUCCCAUGUUCCCUCUGGAUCUCGCUCACUGAAGUAUCGCUUUUCUUCUACUCCAGAAACCUUUUCAUUCGGUGUUCCAGGAGGAUACUUGGGGAAACGCGGCGGUCCGGAAUUGUCGGCGAUGGCCGCUUCCACCACCAGCCAGGUCUAUAUUCAGGUAAUCGAGGAUGUCAUGAACAAGGUUCGGGAUGAGUUCAUCAACAAUGGCGGUCCUGGGGAGGAAGUUCUCAAGGAGCUUCAAGCUACGUGGGAAACAAAAAUGAUCCAGGCUGGUGUUGUUCUCGGGCCCAUAGAAAGGUCCACUGCAGCUAAGCCUACGCCCGGUGGUCCGAUAACUCCGGUUCACGAUCUAAACGUCCCAUAUGAGGGUACCGAGGAAUAUGAAACUCCCACCGCCGAAAUGCUUUUCCCUCCUACGCCUUUGCAAACUCCAAUUCAGACACCUUUACCAGGAACUGUAGAUAGCUCCAUGUAUAACAUUCCUACUGGGCCUAGUGACUACUCAACUCCUGGAAAUGAUUCUGGCGGAACUACUGAGGUGAAAGGUGGAAGACCUGGCCCAUACAUGCAACCUUCUUCUCCUUGGAUGACCCAGAGGCCUUCACUUGAUGUCAAUGUUGCUUAUGUUGAAGGGCGGGAGGAAGCAGACAGAGGAACUUCUAAUCAACCUCUGACACAGGACUUCUUCACGGUGUCUUCAGGAAAGCGAAAACGUGAUGAUUUUCCUUCACAAUAUAACUCUGGUGGAUAUAUACCUCAGCAAGAUGGGGCUGGAGAUGCUACAGCUGGAGUUUUUCAAAUUGAGGUAUAUGGAGGGAGCAUCUCUAAUGAUGCAUUUCACAGUCCUUCUGAAGGAAAAUCAGCGGCAUGUUUGGAGAGGCCAGCUUCAAGGAUUCCCCAACUUGAUGGACCAAUUCCUUAUGAUGAUGAUGUGCUUUCUACUCCAAAUAUAUACAAUUAUGGAGGAGUGUUCAGUGAAGACUACAACAUUGCAAAUACACCAGCUCCUCCUGAAGUACCAGUAAGUACUCCUGCUCUUGUUGCUCAAAAUGAGGCUGUAGAUGAUGAUGAUGAUGAACCCCCAUUGAAUGAAAAUGAUGAUGAUGAGUUAGAUGAUGUGGAUCAAGGAGAGGAUCAAAAUACCCAGCAUCUUGUUCUGGCCCAGUUUGACAAGGUUACGCGUACCAAGAGCAAGUGGAAAUGCAUAUUAAAGGAUGGGAUCAUGCACAUAAACAACAAGGACAUUCUCUUCAAUAAGGCGACAGGAGAAUUUGACUUCUGACUUUUGUCAUUUAUCGCAAUUUGGUGGAUGUAUGUGAAGCAUAAGGCAGGGUUGUCAUGGAGUGUUUCAACUCUUUUCUUUGAUUAUAAAAAUAUUAAGUGAAAGCUUAAAGGAAGAGAGAUAUCCUUAAUACUUUGACCUUCGAGACUGUGAUUGAUGUUGGGCCUUUACAUGAAUAGGUGGCAUUCUAAGGCAUCUCCUGAAGUUUACCAUUUGUCGAUGUACUUAGUUCUAUUAGCGCUGUAUCCUCGGACAUUUUGGUUAAUUGAGAAUCGGUUCGUAUGGUAACGAUAUUAUUUAUCUCA